UAAGGGCCGUUGAGGCCGGGGGGGCGCCAUCUUAGUUAAGAGCAAGGACUACGGGUCCUUUAAGGCAUUUUUUUUUCCCCCGGGGAAAAACCGUAGCGUUUGCACAAAAUCCUGGAAGCGUCUUUCUUUGAGAAGCACUCAGGGAGCUUCUAUGGCUCCGCCUCUGGCCCGCGUCCGGGCGGAUGGCUCCGGGCUGGGCGGGCCGGGAAGCAGGAGGGGGAGCCGCUCAGAGGCGCUGAGCUUCGCGGACGUGUCCGUGAGCUUCUCCCGGGAGGAGUGGGGGUGUCUGCGGCCGGCGCAGAAGGCCUUGUACCGGGACGUGAUGCGGGAGACCUGCGGGCUCCUGGGCGCGCUCGGACUUUCAGGCCCCAAACCCGCUUUUAUCUCCUGGUUGGAAGGCGAGAUGGAGGCGUGGAGCCCCGAGGCCCACGAGCCCGAGAGGGAGAGCCGAGCAGCCGACGCCAGAGACGAGGGGGAAGGAGCAGGAUCCAGGAAUGUGGGUGAAGAGAAGGGAAGGCCAACCAGGAAGCCGAAGCAGAAAGAGCUGAAACGUAAGGGUGUGUCUCUCAAGAAGUGGCUGUCACCCCAGAGGCCACCUAGCUCCCGUCACCAAGCCACCCGUGGGAAGGCUCGGCAGAAGGGUACCACUAGCCGGAGACCCCCCUACACCUGCCCGGACUGUGGUCGCACCUUCAGCUACCCCUCGGUCCUCGCCAGGCACCAGCAGAUCCACUCCGGGGAACGGCCUUUCUCCUGUGACCAGUGCCCGGCCCGUUUCUCCCAACGCCGCUACCUGCUGCGGCACCUGCGAGUCCACAGUGGUGAAAAACCCUACUCCUGCUUCCGCCAGCGGGGCUCCCUGGCCACCCACCAGCGCCCCCGCACCGGGGAGAAGCCUCACCCGUGUCCCUUCUGCAAGCGCCGCUUCUCUUACCCCUGCCUGCUGGCGGUGCACCAGCGCAAGCACACAGGGGAGAAGCCCUACAGCUGCACCCACUGCGGCCUCCGCUUUGCCCAGGCCUCCCUGCUGGUCAUCCACCGGCGCUCCCACACCGGGGAGAAGCCCUACUCCUGCCCCGACUGCGGCCUGCGCUUCACCUACUGCUCCCUCCUCUUGAGUCACCGGCACAUCCACUCCGAUAGCCGGCCUUUCUCCUGCCCCGAGUGCGGGAGAAGCUUCAAGCGCAAGUAUGGCAUGGAGGCGCACCGCUGGACCCACCGCGCUGCGGGUCAGCGGCGCGGGUGGCGGCGACUUGGAGUAGGGCUUACGGAGCCUGUUGCUGUUUUUAAGGGGCAGGACCCCCCGGUCUAUUUCCGCUACUUUCCAAAUAUUUUCCAAGAGUGUGGCUGACAAUGCUUACAGGAGGUGAUUGGAGUUUUCUUCUAAAGGAGAGAGACUAGGUCCGCACCAUUUAGAGGUUACAGAAGGAGAGUAGACAUUUAAGGAAAAUAAAAGUCUGUGUUUGGAGCAUGGAGAGAACAGAAUGGUUUGUACAAAAGACUUUCAUGCCCGAGACUCCAAAGACCCAGGUUCAAACCCCAGCACCACCAGAUUAUGCCAGAGCCGAGCAGCACUCUGCUAAAUAAAUAAAUAAAUAAAUUUUA